CACAAAAUCUACAACAAUCUAUCACUGGAACCACACAUAACAUAUCUGUGUUAUGUGUAUGUGUGUGUAUUCGUCUAUUCGCACUCAAAUGCAAAAGAAAUUUUCUGCUUUUCAUCUCCAUCGCCAUGUUUGCUUGGCUUUGGCUCAGUUUAUUGUUGGCAAAUUUCCCAGGGGUCUUAUACAACCAUUGAAAGGGGGGAGAGAAAGUGCAAAAGGAGAAGAAUCUAUGUGUUUGGCUUAGUUCAAACAUUUGCGCUGCUGAUUACAUUUAAUGCUCUAAUCGAAUGUGCUUCAGAGACUUCCGUGGCUUGCAGGCCUUGCAACACCAAUCAGUUUUUUUUUUGGGGGAGUUCGAAACAAAAAAACAAAAUACGAAACUCGCACGGAAAAAAAACGAUGACCUCAAGCUAAAGUCUAGUUGAGGAUUUGGCAAACAAAUGUCCAACGUUUUGUGGGCAUAGGUAAAAAUUCAAAAUUUCCUAUUGGCAACAGCAUGUUUUCCGCCCUCAGCAAAAUUGUGAACGGCAUAAAAGUCCAGAUGAAAGCAAUAUUGAGAUGCCAACAAAGUGAUAAUCUUGGAGUGCAGACGAAACAAUUCCGGAUAUUCAAAUACUGCAUGCUAAUCGUCAUCGCUGGCUUUGGUUGCAAGCGAUGGUUGUUGCCACAACUGCUGCCCGCUAUGGCCAACAAGGAGAAGCAACAGGAGAGGAAGCAGCAGCUGCAUGAGGUGAAGCUCUGGUGGAGUAGGCCGAAUAGAAGUAGCAACGAUCAUGCUACGCAUCGUGGUCGGUUUCGUGACAUCACCAUACGUGAGUAUGAGAAUCGAUUGCGAUACUCGCAGCCGGAGAAGAUCUUCGGGUACUUUGCAUCAAUCAAGACGCUCAAUAGUGCCGGAAAGUGGGAGGUGUAUAUGACGCCCAUUGAUUUCUUGCGGUCCAUGAUGCCGGGCAUCAGGCAACCGGACGGCCUGGGCUUGAAUCAGUAUCGCAAGAUGAGUCGCGAGGAGGCACAAAAACUCAGCUUUCAAUGCGUGCCCGCGGACAGCAUAUUCUAUAAGAUAAGACCGGAUGGUUUGUUGACUUUCACGGAUUAUCUGUAUCUGCAUAUGUUGGUGCCAAUGCCGGAUCAUUAUUUUGAGAUUGGCUUUCACAUUUUCGAUCCGAAUGGCGACAACAAUCUCGACUUGAAGGGCAUGAGCUAUCUGAUGCAGGGCGUCACUGGAAAUUCACGCUUCAAGGCGAGUAACUCGAUCAAUCAUUACUUCUUUGGACCAAAUUUGAAUGAGAAACUGAGCCUUGAAAAGUUCAUGACUUUCAAGCGCAAAUUGUCGCAGGAUAUUUUGCUGAUUGAGUUCAACAUGCUGCAUCGCUUGGACGGUGGAAGAACAGAGUUUAAGAAUAAGAAGGUCAUCAGUGAGCUGGCGUUUAGUACGCUGCUGUUAUCCUACUCAUCGAUUCCACGUUAUGAUAAGAUGACAACGUUGGAGCGUAUUAAGAAGAAGUAUAAGAACUCAAAGCGUGGCGUAACUCUAGAGGAGUUCAUGUCCUUCUUCAAGUUCGUCUCGAAUAUACCAACUAUUGAUAUAGCAUUAACAUAUCACUUUCUGGCCGGAGCGGAUAUAUCGCGUAGCACACUGAAGCAUAUCUCUGAUAUUGUUGUGGGUGUAAGCUUAUCAUCGAACAUGAUUGAUAUCAUUUUCACCGUGUUCGAUACGGAUAAUAAUGGCAUCCUUGGACGCACUGAGUUUCUGCAAGCAAUGCGACAUCGCAUGGCCAGAAAACGUCGCCUUAACCCAUGGGAACUAGUUAAAAGUGUCGUUAAAUGUGCUCAGAGCACAUUUUUCGUAUAGAGUGUGGAGUGUGAGAGACGUAAUAAAUUUUUAUUGGACAUAAGUGCAAGCGUCUUUAGUGG